GCCAAUACAAAAUCCAGACGUCUAGUUUUUUGACACAAUUUUUCUCUUGUCAUUGUGUCAUUUGUCCGGUAUGUGAAUCAAAAUUCGUCUAAAAUGCGAAGUCAGCGAAAUUUAAUUCCGAUUCCGACGAAACCGGUGCGUAGUUCCCCCAGACCGUUGGCUCGCGUCCCCUCCCAGCGAAAAUCCAGCAGUUCUCAAACGGAGCGCGUGGUCCUCAUCAAGGAAGAAAAUCUCACUUUCUACCCUUGUACGCGAUUGGGUCAAAAUGACGGUGGUAUGCGUCGCGACUACGUCAAAGCGGUCAAUUACAUCAACUCGUGUCACAAAUUUGUUAACGCUAUAAUCGAGAAGAACUCUGGUAAUAAAAGUGGCACUUUCCUCCUCCCCAUGACCACCAAUUUCCUCCCGAUGUUCCCCUACCUCAUCGGAAAGAAGCCGCCAAAGAGGGAGGAAAUGAAACCAGUGUGGAAAAGCAUUGAACGCAAGACGGCGAAAAAGCCCCCAGAGCCUCCGCUAGAAUCCCAAAUCCCCGUCGGGGAUUGUGAGGAAAUCCCCCAAAUCCAAGAAGACAAAUACGCGAGUCACGUGGCCGAUAUCGUCAAGGAGCAAAUACACAGUUUUCUCAACCACUUGCACGAGGAUAUGAAUAAAGCUGUGAGGAAAACCAAGAGUGAAACCCCGAAAUGCAAAAAUUUAGAUAUUGUGAAGCAAAGACUGGAAGAAUUGUCGAAAAUUUGCUGUUUACAGAAGAAAAUCGAAAGUAAUUCGCAGAUUGGGAAUCGCGGGAUUCCCCCGAAACCGCCAUCUUUGCCGUCGCCAUUACGGGAUCACUCGGAUGAGAGUGUGAUUAUGUCGGAUGGAGAAAGCGACGAGAAAGUGUCGCAAAAAAUGAAAAUUACCUGUUAUAAGGAAAGUUCCGAAAUUUCGGACUCUUCGGAUAUCAAGUCGGAUUCGGAUUUGGAAGCGUUUUUGUAAAUUUUUGUGAAACAUGAAUUUUUUAAUAAAAUUAUAAACU